AUGUCUGUCAGCCAUAUUCCGUGCGCCAUGGCCGACCGCGUCAAACUCAAUAUCCGUGCUGGUGGAGACGAUCCAGGGCCUGCAAGGUUCGAGGGGCUUCAAAAGGCGAACAUGAACGUCGAGAUUGAAACCAAGAGACUCAAUAGUCAGAUAUCGGACCGUAACGCACGACGUGACAUGUUCAAAUCACGGAGCCCCUCGCCGACGACGGCAGCGCCUGUGAGGUCGGCAUCGGAAACAGAGCACCAGUCCAGCGACGAGGACGCCGUUGCACUGCGCAAGCUGACGCGCAAAAUCGACCUGCGCAUCAUCCCGCUCUUCAUCUUUCUCUACACCAUGACGUUCCUCGACCGCGUCAACAUUGGCAAUGCCAGGCUGUGGCACCUCGAGGCCGACCUCGGCAUGGCGGGGUACGACUACAACCUCGCCGUGCUCGUCUUCUACAUCCCCUACAUGCUGCUCGAGAUUCCGUCCAACAUGCUCCUCAACCGCCUGAAGCCGCGCUACUACAUCGCCUCGCUCGUCUUCCUCUGGGGCCUGACCAUCACGCUCGCCGGCUUCUCGACGCGGUUCGCCCACCUCGUCGCGGCGCGCGUCCUCCUCGGCGUCUUCGAGGCCGGCAUGUUCCCCGGCUGCCUCUUCCUCCUGGCCACCUGCAUCUCCGUCUUCACGCCGACCAUCCUGCGCACCUUUGGCUGGGGCCCGCUCAAGUCCAACCUGCUGUCGACGCCCGUGCGCGUCGCGUCGGGCGUCGUGUCUGUUCUCGUCGGCGUCGUGUCCGACCGCACGCGCCGCCGCGGCGUGUACUGUCUCGGCGGCUUCGCGACGAGCAUCGUCGGCUUGCUCGUCGUCAUGGUGCCGACGGACGGAGGCGUGCGGUAUGCGGGGCUGUAUCUUGCGGCCGUGGGCAUUUACGUGUGCCAGCCGCUUGUCAUUGCUUGGACUGUCAACCAGCUCGUCGGUAACGUGAAGCGCGGCACGGCGACGGCGUUCGCCAUUAGCUGCGGUCAGCUCGGCGGCAUCAUCUCGGCCGUCGUGUUUCCCGCCAAGGACGAGCCGCAGUACGUGGCGGGCAUCAGCAUGUGCAUCGGGUUUCAGGCCGUGGGCAUCGCCAUGGCCGUCAUCAUGUGGGUGUGUUGCCAGAGGGAGAACCAGGCGCGAGAAAGGGGCGAGAGAGAGUAUCGGCGGAAUCUGCCGGAGGACGAGGUGCGGAGGUUGGGAGAGAAGCAUCCCGAUUUCCGAUACACAUUGUAG